GUUUUGUGUUCAGUGCUCUUCCGACGAGGAUAGAGCGGUGAAGAACGGAACAGAAGACAUAGGAUGGGGAAGAGAGGAGGGAGAACUCGUCAAAAGAAUGAUGUCAAAAAGGAUAAAACAAGUUCCCGUUAUGAGCCUGAUGCUUUCAGCAGUGACGACAUGGACGAUGAGAUUGAUGCCUUUCAUAAGCAGAGGGAUAUUGUCCCUCUUGACGUAAAUGAUGGUGGUGAAGAAUCAGAUGAAGAUGAUGAGCUCCCUAUUUUCGAUAAUAAGGAUAUUGAUAAUGAUGAAGAUGACGAUGAAGAUGAAGAUAAUGAUGAAUCUGAUGAUGAUGAUUCAAAUGACGAUGUGGCAAAAAUUAUUAGGCAAAGGAAAUAUUUACGAGCAAAGUUUGGCGAAGGAGAGGACGAAAUGGAGGAUGAUGACGAUGAAGAUGAGGAAAAUUAUAAACUUACUUUGGGUGGGAAAAAGUUCUCACAUGGUGCUGAGAAUCGUAAUUUUGAGAUACAAUCGAGUGAUGAUGAGGCCCCAAAAGAAGAGGAAGAAUUGGCAUUACAAAUGCAAAGGGAGAAGGCAAAGUCUUUAACAUUGGAAGACUUUGACCUUGUGGAUAUAACUGAUGACAAAGAUAUUGAAAAAACAACUUUGAAGGAUGCAUCAAACGGAGCAAUAAAGUCACUGGAUAGAGAUUUAACAUUCGUGGUUGAGGAUUUGAAUGCCCUGUCAAAGGAGGAGCAAAUGAAUGUUUUGUAUAGGUCUGCUCCAGAAUUAGUUGGUUUGAUGUCAGAACUAAAUGAGGCACACAACGAGCUCGAAUGCAAAAUCAACCCUUUUUUAAGCAAGGUUAAAAAGGGGGAAAUAAUUAUGGAAGGAGGAGUGCGUUAUUUUGAGUUGAAGCAGCUUCUUUUGCUGUCUUAUUGCCAAGCUAUAACCUUCUACCUUCUCCUCAAGUCUGAAGGGCAGCCAGUCCAUGAUCAUCCUGUAAUGACUCGCCUUGAAGAGAUCAAGAAAUUAUUGGAUCAGAUAAAACAACUUGAUACAAAACUUCCGGUUGAACUUGAGGAUAUUCUUAAAGGAAAUAAUGGGUUAGAAAGAGUGGUGAAGUCAGAUAAUGACAAUGCUCCAACGGCAACUGAUUCUAUCACUAAAAACCAAGAGCAUCCUCUUGUCUCUGCUGAAUCACCGGAAGUUGUAGUGCCAAACCAGGUAGUUGAGACACAAAAAUUAGAAUCCUCAAAGGAUAGUGUACAGAAAGCAAGAAAAGUUAAACAUCAGAAGGAUCACAUUGGUUUGCAGAGUUUGGAAAUGUUAAAAGUUAGAGCUUCCCUUGAGGAAAAAUUGAAACAAAAGGGUUUGUACGGUUCGAUUGCUCCAAAGCCUAGUAGUACUGUAAAACGUUUGAGACCAGUUAAUGGCCAGCUUGAAACAUAUGAUGAUUUUGAUGAUGAUGCUGUGGAUGUUAAGGGGGCAGCUAGUAACGGUCCUGUCUCCAGUAAAGUUUCAAAGUUUCUUAAUGCUAAUUUGAAGAAACCCAAGGUGGUUUCUGGUGAUGAUGAUUUACCAAAGAAAGAUGAUAUUGGCGAAAGACGAAGGAAACAUGAACUUCGGGUGUUGGCUGGUGCUGGAAUUAAGACUGAGGAUGAUGAUGAUGAUGAUGAUGAUCAAACAGGUGAUCCUGGAACUAAUGAGGUUGCAGACGAAAUGGAUGAUGUUGAAAGUGGGGACUCAGAAAAUGAAUUUUACGAACAAGUGCAACAAGUGCGAGCUGCAAAACUGGCUGCAAAAGCCCAGACUUACUCAAGGAACACAGCGGUUCCCUUUUUACCAGAGACUGUAGAAGGAAAGCGCUAUAUCUCUUCUCAGAUGGAGAAGAACAGGGGACUAACUCGAACUCGCAAUAAGGAGAAAAAGAAUCCCAGAAAGAAUUACAAGCUCAAGCACCAAAAAGCUGUUAAGAAUCGCAAGGGGCAGGUUCAGAGUAUCAGAAAGCCCACCGCUCCUUAUGGUGGGGAAUCCACUGGAAUUAAUGCAGGCAUCAGUCGAAGCAUCAGAUUCUAGAGCUGAUAUUGUCAAUUAGUUUUGCAAUAUCAUUCUAAAGUUCUCAAAUUUUGAAUCAUCUACGUAGAUGGAAGUAUGUUGUUCGUCUUUUGUAACAGUGAAAGUAUAAAAUGAUUAUUGAUUGGGAAAUAGACAUAUUUGGCAUAUCAAAUUUUUGCAAGUUGAUCUAAUUAUUUCAGAGUAACGUGUUGUAUCUUUUCAACUUUGUAAAUGGCACCAAACGAGUUGAAGAUGAGCACAGGCACGAGCU